AUGGAGCCUCGUAUUGCUGAUUUUGGUACUGCCAAACUUUCAUUUCAAUCUUUUACAACGCCAUCCUCAUCUAUUCUAGGCACACCAGGGACCAAAAAGCUAUAUGCAACAUCAAUCACUAGGGAGUUUGAUGUGCACAGUUAUGAGAUAGUUUUGCUUCAGCUGAUAACCAGGAAGAAGGCAAUAGACUCAUCGUUUAUGGGGGGAACUGAGAUAGGGGUUUGGGUCGGUCUGGGGGAGGAGACAGGAGAUAUUCAUAAAAUUGUUAAUUCAAGCCUUGCAGAGGAGGUUUUGAAUUCAAAUUCCAAUGUACUCAAACAGGUCACUGAAGUGCUUUCCUUGGCUUUGAGCUGCACCGAGGAGAUAUUCAAAGAACCAUUUUGGGAAAAGAAAGGGACUACCCACCAUGACCUAUCAGUAGCUUGA